AGUUGUCUUCCUCUCAGCACUGGGAGCCGACCAAGUUGUGCCUCCUCGGGCACAGGCUGCUGGCAUGGGGGCCCUUGCUUGGCUGGUCCUUCUCUUGUUGCUCCUGAAAGCCAAAGGGCACUCUGGAGACACUGUAGACCCUGAAGAAGUGGUGGCUGUCCUUCAGGAGUCCAUCAGGCUCCCCCUGGAAAUACCAUCAGAUGAAGAGGUUGAGAACAUUAUCUGGUCCUCCCACAGACGGCUUGCAACUGUGGUGCCAGGGAAAAAGGGAAACCCAGCUACCAUUACAGUGAUCAGCCCUCGCUACCGGGGCAGAGUGAGCUUCCUGGGCUCCAGCUACUCCCUGCAGAUCAGCAAUCUCAGUUGGGAAGACGCAGGGCCUUACCAAGCCCAAGUCAACCUAAGGAUGUCCCAGAUGUCUAUCAUGCAGGAUUACAAUCUCCGUGUCUACCGACGGCUGUUGGAGCCCCAAGUCACUGUGAACUUUGAGAUCUCUGGGAAAGAUGUCUGCAAUAUAUCCCUGACGUGCUCUAUAGAGAAGGCAGGCAUGGACGUGAUCUACAGCUGGAUAUCCUUGGGCGACAGCACUGAUAUAGCUCAUGAAGGCCCUAUCCUCAGCACAUCCUGGAGGCUUGGGGAGAAUCCCCUCUCCUACACUUGCAGGGCCAGCAACCCCAUCAGCAAAGUCAGCUCCCGUCCGAUUUGUGCUGGGCUUUUCUGUGCAGAUCCUGGCUUUUCUUCCGAGAUGGCCUCAUCUACCGUCUGCCUUCUCACCAAGGGAUUGCUCCUUCUCUUGCUCUUGGUAAUUCUGGCUGUGGGGCUCUGGGUUGUCUGGGUCCAGAAAAGAUACCAAAUGCCAAAGGUGAAGAAACUCAAGAGAAACAGAAUGAAACUUAGGAAGAAGGGGAAACCUGGCCCCAGCCUAGCCUGACAGCCUGUUGGGGACCCCUGUCCUCAGCUUUGUUUCUUCCCAGCCCCUGAGGAAUCCUUCCUUUAGCUCUUCUCCCCCGAGAGGGCUCGGGGUAGAUACCCUAAGCGUCAUGCUACUUGAGGGAAGUCUGGCAAUAAAAUUAAAUUAAGUGACCACCACUCUGGAGGAACUGUGUUUGGUUCUUCUGUCCUCACUUGACCUGGCUCUGGCAAAAGUCACUCCCAUGCUUUUUCCUUCUAUUCUAGGUUGUCCUCCUCCAAGACCAAGUACUUUCCCAAGUCUUCCUUUAGGGAGGAAAAUGAGUCUAAAAAAUCCAUUUACAAUACAGCUUUGGCAUGAUAUUAUUCACUGCCUAUCUCACUUUCCACCAACACACAUACCAUUUACACUUUAAACAAGAGAAGCAAGAGAUUCCUUUUAACCUAAUAGAACCUGUAACUCCUAAAUGGUAGAAUAGCACUCAGGAUCACGCAUUUGAGUGGUAUUAUUC